UUUGGGCCUGGCAAGUGGCAACGCUGGGUUUGCGGUUUGGUUUUUUGUUUUUUGUUGGAGGUUGCGGUUGGAGUUGCAUUAUGUUGCAUUUUUAUAUUUUUAUUAGCUAUUUACAACUGUAGUUGUAUCAAAUUUAAUACUACACCGUCUGCAUUUAGACAAAACAUAUUAAUUCUACAUACUACAAAGUUAUGGAUACCUUGAGAUACAGGUUUUGGUUUUAUGCAUUUUAAAACAGCAUAUACAACAGUUGCUGGUCAUAGAAAUCAUGUAAAAUGGCAGAAGAAGAAAACCAGAUCCAAAUAAACUCUUUUUCCAUCUUUGAUGACGAUUCAGAUGACUCAAACGAAUGCAAUUCCCCUCAAGAAUCAACAAAUAAUGAUGUUAAUGUUUUAUUAAAAAACCACUUUAAUUUCGAGGACUGUUUAGAAUCUCCACUAAAAGAUAUAGAACCAGUUUCCACCAAUGUUUCUCAAAAUAAAAUUCCAAAAGAAAAUACUAACAAUACUUGUAAAACUACUAAUUCAGUAAGUAAAACCAGUGACCUUCAAAGCAAACAUGUCAGUGAUAACGAUCAAGAUAAAGCGAAGAAGACUGAAAACACAAAUGUUACUAAGAAUGAUGAAAAUGUAGUAAGUAAGAACCAAAAUACAAAUGUUACUAACAAUGAACGAACUGGUGUGAGUGGCACUAAAAUCAUAAAUAUUACAAAUAUUACAAACAUUGACCAAAAUGCUGAGAACCAAAGCAUUGAUUUGCCAAGGUCACGUGAUAAGGAAAUUGUUGAAAGAAGUGUAUAUCCUGAGGACGUUCCAGUUGAAGAAAUCAGUACACUUAAUGGUUUACAAAACGAGGAAGACGUCGAAGAAGAAAGAAGUGUUGCAACUUCAUCAGAAGUACAGAUGGGCACAGAUAAUGGAGACAAGAAAACAUUGAAACGCAUUACUGUAAGAAGAAAAUAUCUCAAAAACUUUCGUGGCAAAGGAAAAUUACACAGUUGUAAUUUUUGUGGAGCAUCGUUCGUCAAAGAAGAUGAAUGGACUAAACACUUGAAAACACACCAAACGACAGUUUCAACUAAAUUAUUUCUCUCGACUAAAUUAAAGAAUCUUGUUGAUCGCAGACUAUUAGAGAAACAUGGCAACUGCGAUUCUUUUCAUAAACUGUUGUACGUAAAUUUGUCUGACGCCAUUUUUACAACUAAACCUUUUGCGACAGUAAGGUCGUAUGUUAAGAAAACUAAAAACGGUAAACUCUUUUUAUGUUCAAUCUGCCAUAAACCGUUUAAAGCUUUGAAGAGCGUAAAGAGACACUUUACAGUUCAUUCUUUAGAAAAGAUUUUCCGUUGUCCCAUCUGUUCCCAACGUUUUUCUCGCAAUGAUACGUUAAAAAUUCAUUUGAAGGUGCAUUUUGCGGAAAAUCAAUACAAGUGUAGUAUUUGCCCAAAAGUUUUUAUACGUGUGGACUAUCUUAAGACUCAUGUGAAGACACAUGACAAAUCAAAAGGGGUUCUUUGUAAAAUAUGUAAGAAGUCGUAUUCACCUAAUAGUCUGAGGCUUCACAUGAAAGUACAUACUGAAGAAAAGCAAUUUAAAUGUGACUUGUGCGAUAAAACUUUUAGAUAUAAAAAUCAUCUUAAAACACACGCAGUUGUUCAUUCUAAGGAGAAAAAUUUCGAAUGUAAUAUAUGCUCUACACGAUUUACUUUAAAGCCAUCUUUACGCAAACAUCUAAUUCUACAUACUGGUGAAAAGAAAGUUAAGUGUCCAGUCUGUAGUAGAGCAUUUUUUAAUAAAGGUGAUAUGAAAAAUCAUUUGGGAACCCACGAGAAGAAUUUUACCUGUCACUUAUGCUCCAAACGUUUUAGUCUUAAAAUACAUUUGGUUCGGCAUUUGGUUGUGCAUAAUGGUGAGAGAAAUUAUAAAUGCGAUAUUUGUGACAAAACAUUUUUUCAUAAAGAGACCUUAGUGAAGCACGCUUCUCUUCCUCAUAAAACUUAUAAGUGUUUGGUAUGCUCCAAGGACUACUCGAAUAACAAACAAUUAAAAGAGCACGUUAACAGUAUACACGGAGGAAAACAAUUUAAAUGUGACAUUUGUCCUGCUGCAUUUGCCUCUAACCAAACAUUGGGUUAUCAUUUAGCGUGGCAUAAGGGAGAAAAGCAUCAGUGUAAUAUUUGUAUGAAAUACUUCAAAUUUGAAAAGGGGUUGAAAUCACAUUUGACACUACAUACAGACCAAAAACCUUUUAAAUGCUCUUAUUGUUCAAAAUCAUAUGGUUGUGCUUCAAGUUUAAACAACCAUGAAAAAAUUCACACAGUUAAAAAAGUUUACUGUAAAGUUUGUAACAAAGGCUUUCCACACACUUAUAAAUUAAACAGGCACCACGAAGAAGUUCACGAGAAGAGAAAAGAUUAUCAAUGUACGAUUUGCUCAAAAGCCUUUCCUCAGAAAAAGAAUGUUCAAUAUCAUAUGUUAACGCAUACUGGGGAGAGACCUCACCAAUGUGAUAUAUGUUUACAUACGUUUCAGCUCAAAGGUAAUUUGAGAAUACAUAUUUCUAGUGUACACGAAAAGAAGAAAUAUAAAUGUGACAAAUGUUCAAAAGAGCUAAGUUGUCGUUCAACUCUAAUUAAGCAUAUGCUAUUGCAUUCUGAGAAUAAACCUCACAAGUGCAGUUUGUGUCCAAAAUCUUUUAUUCAGAAAAUACUUCUGACCUACCAUAUUAUGUCAGAGCAUACAGGAGAAAAAAACUUCAAAUGUUCAACUUGUACUAAAUCAUUUAUCUCCGUGUAUAAGUUAAGAAGACACAUGAAUACACAUACGAAAGAAAACAAGAAGAAAUAGAUGAAUAGGAGGUUGAUACUUAAGUAUGUAGUUCUAAUUAACUAAUUUUUAGUUUACUUCAGAAAUACUUCAUAUCUAAAUACUGCUUGAAAUCACAUUUGACAAUACAUAACAAGUGGGAUGAAAAGUUCGUAUACUGACACUUAGAUGGCACUACUGGUAUUAAAUGCAUAUGAUUUUUAUUCAGCUCUAACCUUUGAAAGAUUCAUGUAUAAAGACAGCUGUCGAACUAUUAGUUUAUGAGAUAUAGUAUUAUGAGUGAAGCAACUUGUGGAUAGUUUUAAAAAAUGGAUAAAAAGGAUUUCGUGUCUUAAGAAAGCAUUGUUUUUGGCGAAAAAAAAAUACUGUUGAAGCCAAAUCUUGGCUUAUAGUCGAGGAAAUGAAGCUGAAAAAAUGGCAAAACCUCGCAAUUUUUUACUUAUCCUAAAAUAAUAAUUUUAAUUCAAUAUCCUAUACUUCAUAUUCAAUAUUAUGCUUAAGGGCGUUGAUUAUUUUUACGGGUGUGAACUACCCCUUAUUGUCAAAAAUUAUAUAAAAACAUUGUAAACUUUAAUAGUGGUAAAAUUUGGUUUUGAUUGGUUAAAUAAUGAUUGUUUUAUACUUUAGGAUAUAAUAUCAUAAUAUUUCAACCCUUAAAAACCAUCCUUAAUAACAUUACAGUUUUUAUAAUUAGUAUUUUAAUAGAUCUAUACAGAAAAAAAGCAGAAUUAAAGAAUUACAAAAACAUUUAUUUACACAAAAAUAAGAAUUUACAAAUACAAAUACAAAUACUUUUUUAGUUAUCUUCCAGUAUACGAACCGGUUCUGUGGUAUUAUACAUACAUUAAAAAUUAUCCAUAAGCGGACUAUCCGAAUUUUUCGAAAAAAAAAAUCGUUUUAUAAACAUAGCUCUUUCAUUUUUGGCGAUAAGAAGAUUUUUCAAAAAUGACUGUAGGAUUUUUGAAGAGUUAUAAGACUGUGUAAACUAAACUCCGUAAGAUCCCUCAGUUUUUAAUUAGGGUGGGUUUAAAGGGCUCGAAUAAGGGGGUGUUUGCUCGUAAAUAGAGGUUUUAAAUAGCUAUAUCUCGCUAACUGUUCACUGCAAUGAAAAUCUAUGCACAAGGAAAUUUUAGUUAUUAAAAAAGCUACAAUUUAGUAUUCCAUCAUUUUUUUCGUAUCUCCAGUAUUUUCGAAAAUAUUUUGAAGUAAAAGGUGAAAAAUGGUAAAUUCCAAAAAAUUAAGUUUUCUUUAAACUCCAAUUUUUCUAAAAUUAGGCCUUUUAAAUAAGUCAAACUUUUUGGAUGUAUUGAUAAUACAAAUAUAAAAGUAAUUACAGAAAGGUGAAGACAAAUUUUUAAUUAGGAGGGUAGUUAGGGGGUUGUUUUCAUUGAUUUUUUCAUAGAGAAAAGCAGGUACCGACCUUUUUUUGAUCGCUUAAUUUUCAGGCUAGAAACUUUUUGUUAUUAUUUUUUGAAAGGCCUAACUAUAUACAUACUUGAAAAAGGAUUAUUGAAGUUUUCCUCGAAAGAUGCAAAGUUUUUCCGUUAUUUUACUUUGAAUAUUUCAAAUUAUGCAUUUGACGAAAAAAGCUAACAUUUAACAUGCCGUAUCUCGGUUUGUAUUGGUCUUAAAAAUAUUACAGAAAAAGAAUUUGGUUUGUGUUACUAAAAGAUACAAUUCUGAUAUCUACGUUUUUUUGAUUAAAUGCAUAUUUUUCGAGAUAUUCUCAAAAAAACCCUCUAAAAAAGUCGAUUUUUCAUCGAAAAACUGUUACUUUCAAGCGCGAAUAACUCGAAAAAUAUUAGUUUUACGAAGAAAAUGUAAAAAACAUUUUUUCUUAGAAUUACUUUUUACAUCGAUUUACAUGGUUAAAAUGUAAAAAUUCCCGCCCCCGAGAUGGGGUGGAAACCACCCCCAAGGUUUUAGCGUACAGCGGCAUGAUACAGAAAAUGAUCCUUGGACUAUUCCCUACCUUCUGUGAAAAUUUCAAGUAAAUCGAUGCUGGACGAAAAAAUUGCGAGCCAAAAUGCUUCAUUUCCUCGACUAUUAAUAAACAUUUGGACAAUACACCAGGAAAAUCAACCGUUGAGAAAUGGUUUGCGAGGUGCGAGGCGAAAUGAGCACCGAGGACGAUGCACGCACUGGGCGCCCUAAAGAGACUGUUACCGACCAAAACAUACAAAAGUCCACAAAAUAAUUUUGGAUGACCGUAAAGUGAAGUUGUUCGAGAUAGCUGAGCCUCUAAAACCGAAUUAUUGCAUCGAUAUAGUACCGGGUGAUCAGUUAAGGGUAGCGAGCGGCCAUAUCUCAUAAGAUAUUGGUCGUAUAGAAUUGAGAAAAAAAAAAAUCAUGAUAAAAGUCGCCAAGAGAAAUUGCUGGAAAUUAUUUUCGAGUUUAUCAAACGUCCGCUAGAGGGCGUAAC